AUGUCUAACCCAUUUCAAGAUCCAAACAAUCCUUUCAACACUGAUGCUUCAGAAAGGUCAGAAACAAGAGUAGCAAAGAAGAGUUGUUGGGAUAAAACCAAAAUUGUUGGUAUUGUACUAAUCGCAGCGAUUGUUGUGAUCCAGUUCAUAACAUUACUGCUGUUAUUUAUCAAACUCAAUAAAGGAAUUUGCUUCAAACAUUACGACUUCUAA